GCUGUAUUGUUUUAAAUAAUGUUUCAAUACAACCUAAUUUUAUUUUUGUGGGCAGCCACAAUAUUUUCAUUAGGAUUAUCGCCUUUAGAAGAAAAAAUUAUUGGUGGAUCACUAGCUAACAUCGAAGAAUUUCCCUAUCAAGUUUCUUUGCAAUAUAAAGGAAGACAUUUUUGUGGAGGGUCUAUAAUUCACCCAAGAUAUAUAUUAACUGCUGCACAUUGUGUGGAUGGGCAAAGUGCAUAUAACCUUAAUAUAAGCGCAGGAAGUAUUUAUCAUGUAGGUGGUGUAACUAUUAAAGUAUGUAAAAUCUUUCAACACCAUAAGUACGAAGAUUUCGAUAACGACAUUGCAAUUUUACAACUUUGCAGCAACUUAUCAUUUAACAAAAAUAUCUUACCAAUAGCGCUUCCCAAGGAAAAUGUAUUUAUAAGACCUAAUACAAGAGGAUUUGCUAGUGGAUGGGGUGCUAAGAAUGAAAAUGGAACAGUUACUUUAAAGUUAAGAAAGGUUAUGGUACCUAUUCUAGCACCGGAGACUUGCAAAAGAGGAUAUUCAGACUACAUAACAAAAAAUAUGAUAUGUGCAGGCUACUUAACUGGGGGGAAAGAUUCUUGUCAGGGUGACUCUGGAGGGCCCCUAAGAGCUAAAGGAAAACUGGUUGGUAUAGUAUCCUGGGGAAGUGGUUGUGCUCGUGUUGGCUAUCCAGGAGUUUACACUAAUGUUGCAGUCUACAGAAACUGGAUAAGAAAUAUAGUUCAUGUUUAAUUAUACUAUACACAUUAAUUAAACAAUUAUUUAAGUAUAAAAAUGUAGGGGAGAAUGUUAUAGAGGUUCUAGAACAUGUUACAAUUUUUUUUAAACCACAAUAAAUAAAUCCAUUAAACCAGAGUAUUAUGCGCGUGCACUGUCUUAAAUAUUCCUAAAUAGUGCACAAGUGCUCGGUACGUAAUAAGUCUACGAAUCCUAAUAUUUUUUAUAUUGAAUUCAGGGGCGG